AUGGGAAGGGGAAAGCCUGCCAAAUCUGACAAAAACUCGGCGGAGAAUCGAGCGGUCGAUGAGUCCAUCGAUCUUACGAUUGUCGUCAUCGUUGGGAUGCCCGCUGGGCUCUCUGCUGCCAUUAGGCUGAAGCAGCUCUGCAGAGAGAAGAACAGCGAUCUCUCGGUUUGCGUCGUGGAGAAGGGCGCUGAAGUUGGUGCACAUAUCAUAUCCGGCAAUGUGUUCGAGACUCGUGCACUUGAUGAACUGAUUCCACAGUGGAGAAAUGAGGGGGCCCCAAUUGAUGUACAUGUCUCCUCUGAUAAGUUUUGGCUCCUCACGAAAGAACAUGCUUUCUCACUGCCAUCUCCCUUUGAAAAUAAGGGAAAUUAUGUAAUAAGCUUGAGCCAGCUUGUCCGCUGGAUGGCAACCAAAGCUGAAGAGUUGGGUGUAGAAAUUUAUCCAGGGUUUGCCGCUAGUGAGGUCAUAUAUGACAGGAAUGAUAAAGUUUGUGGAAUCCGAACUAAUGAUAUGGGUAUUGCUAAAGAUGGUUCCAAAAGGGAAACUUUUCAACCUGGCGUAGACUUGAAAGGACGCGUAACACUUCUUGCUGAAGGAUGUAGAGGUUCAAUAUCAGAGAAACUGAUAAGGGAUCAGAAGCUUCGAGAAAAAGGACAAGGACAGCAUCAAACAUAUGCUUUAGGCAUUAAAGAGGUCUGGGAAGUUGAGGAAGGGAAGCAUAAACCUGGAGAGGUGCUACACACAAUAGGUUGGCCAUUAGACAGGAAUACAUAUGGAGGAAGCUUUUUGUACCAUAUGAAGGAUAGGCAGAUAUCAAUUGGUCUAGUUAUUGCUUUAAAUUAUCACAAUCCUUAUUUGAGCCCUUUUGAUGAAUUCCAGAAAUUCAAGCACCAUCCUGCCAUCAGAAAGCUUUUGGAAGGUGGAACCGUGCUUCAGUAUGGCGCCCGUACUUUGAAUGAAGGUGGCUUCCAGUCAAUUCCAUAUCCAGUAUUUCCUGGAGGAGCAAUUAUUGGAUGCUCUGCUGGCUUCUUAAAUGUGCCUAAAAUAAAGGGAACACACACAGCAAUGAAAUCAGGUAAAAGCUCUCUUUUUCAAGCGUAUGCAUACAUGUUAACUCUUAAUCAUAUCUGUUCUCCAAUCAGGUAAAAUAUCUUGAAUAUUAAUUUUUAUUAAGUUUUUUUUGGGAUAUUCAUCCAGUAUAGCUUGCAUUGUUUCUCUCCAAACCCACAUCCUGCUGACGUUUGCAUAUUUUACUUCAUGUCUUACAACAUGCAUCUAGUAUCGA